AUGCGCUGGCAAACCUGGAAUAUGGGCACCGUGUUCAAGGCGCUCGCCCUUUCCGCUGUUGCCGUCUGCUUCUUCUUCUUCCUCGGCAGCUUGCAUGCUUCAGAGCUCGGCAGCGAUGGCGAUGAACUGUCGUCGCAGCAGGUGUACAUCGUGUACAUGGGGCACCAGCAUGAGCCGUCGACAGAGUUGGCUGGUGGUUUCUCUGCAGCAAAAGCUGCUCAUCACGGGCUGCUCAACCAGGUCCUCGAUGAUGGCAGCGAUGCAAUGGACAGGAUCAUCUACAGCUACACGAGGAGCAUCAGUGGAUUCGCGGCCAGGCUGACCAAGGAGGAGAAGCAGAAGCUGUCCACUACGGAUGGUGUCGUGUCCGUCUUCCCAAGCCGGACGUACCAACUCCAGACCACGAGAUCAUGGGACUUCCUCGGCUUCCCCGAGACGGCGCGCCGGAGCCUGCAAACGGAGGCGGAGGUCAUCGUCGGCAUGAUCGACACCGGCGUGUGGCCGAACUCCCCGUCCUUCUCCGACGAGGGCUUCGGCCCGCCGCCGAGCCGGUGGAAGGGCGCCUGCCACAAUUUCACCUGCAACAACAAGAUCAUUGGCGCCCGCGCGUACAGGCAAGGCUACACGGGCCUGUUGCCCGUGGACACCGCCGGCCACGGCACCCACACGGCGUCGACGGUGGCCGGGCGUGUGGUGGAGAACGUCGACCUCGGCGGCCUGGCCGCCGGCUCGGCGCGCGGCGCGGUGCCGGGCGCCAGGUUCGCGGUCUACAAGGUGUGCUGGGACGACUCAUGCGGCAGCGAGGACAUCCUGGCCGCGUUCGACGACGCCGUCGCCGACGGCGUCGACCUCAUCUCCUUCUCCAUAGGGGGCAAGCUCCCGGUGCCCUACUUCGAGGACGCGGCGGCCAUCGGGGCGUUCCACGCCAUGAGGCGCGGGGUGCUCACCUCCGCGUCGGCCGGCAACUCCGCGCUCGACGGAGGCCGCGUCUACAAUGUCGCGCCGUGGAUCCUGUCCGUCGCCGCGAGCAGCACCGAUCGCCGGCUCGUCGGCAAACUGGUCCUCGGGAACGGCAGCACCAUUGUGGGAGCCUCCGUUAACAUCUUCCCGGAACUAAAGGAAGCCCCGCUCGUCCUCCCGACGAACAUCAACGGCUCCUGUGAACCGGAGUCACUGGCCGGACAAUCAUACACGGGGAAGAUCCUUCUCUGCGCGAGUGGAAGUGACGGCACGGGCCCUCUCCUCGCUGGCGCCGCCGGCGCAGUCAUCGUCAGCGGCUCACCCGACAUCGCCUCCCUGCUGCCCCUCCCAGCCCUGACGAUUAGUAAGGACCAAUUCACCGAAAUCAUGGCCUACGUCAACAAGACACGCAACCCUGUGGGCACGAUACGCAGCACCGAAACAGCAUUCGACUCCAAGGCGCCCACCGUCGCCUCCUUCUCAUCUAGAGGGCCAAACUUGAUCAGUCCAGGGAUUCUCAAGCCUGACCUGUCUGCGCCGGGGAUCGACAUCCUAGCAGCAUGGACGCCGCUGUCGCCGGUGUCCGGCAACCUCAAGGACGACCGGUUCGCGCCGUACAGCAUCAUCUCAGGCACGUCCAUGGCAUGCCCCCACGCCACCGGCGUCGCAGCGUACGUCAAGUCCUUCCACACCGACUGGUCGCCGGCAAUGAUCAUGUCAGCUCUCAUCACCACAGCUACGCCGAUGGACCCGUCGCGCAACCCGGGCGGCGGCGAGCUCGUCUACGGCGCGGGGCAGCUCAACCCGUCGCGGGCGCGCGACCCCGGCCUCGUCUACGACGCGCGCGAGGACGACUACGUGCGCAUGCUGUGCGCGGAGGGGUACAACUCCACGCAGCUCCGGGCCGUCAUUGGCUCCAACGCCACGACGUGCCCAGCCGCGGCAAACGGCGGCAAAAGGGGUACCGCCGCCGACCUCAACUACCCGACGAUGGCGCACCACGCCAAGCCGGGUAAGAACUUCACCGUCCGCUUCCCGCGCACCGUCACCAACGUCGGGGCGCCGCGCUCCCUGUACACCGCCAAGAUCGCCGGCUUGGGGCCAUACGUCAGAGUCGCCGUCGCGCCGAGGAGGCUGGCGUUCAGCAGCCUGCUUCAGAGGUUGUCGUUCACCGUGACGGUCUCCGGCGCCCUGCCGGAUGCGAACGAGUUCGUGUCGGCUGCUGUCGUGUGGUCUGACGGUGUGCGCCAGGUGGCAAGAGUUGGGGGAGAGUUGGACCGGUGGAUCAACAGCUGGGGUAAAGAUGGACUCACCCAGGAAGACCGUGAAGACGUCUGUCCAGAACUGCAAUUGGGACCUGCAACUCAUCAGUUAUGUCAGAUCGCCGCAUGUCUGCUUGCUGUUUCAUACGCUUCUGAGCACACUGCAGGUGCUGGUGUACCAAUUGCUGCAUCACAGAGCAUUCACUUUGCCAUGACUGAAGCCCAGGUUGACAUCCAGCUCUGA